UCCUAAUUAUAAAAGAACCUUAAGUGAUCCAUCACAAGUUGUAAGAAUGCGAAGACCCCUCCCUAAAACUCUCAUAAAAUCAACGAUUCCUAAGCAACCCCUCUCCACAGGUAAAAAUCCGCCGGGUCGACCUAAAGGUAGUACCAAGAGAGAUGAACGAAAGGAUCAAACAUUUACCUUACCUCGAGGUACUAAAAAUCUCGUCGAUCCGAACGAGAGUUGUAUUGCAAAAAGGCUAACUAGAGGAAGGGAAAUUCCAAAUCCAGAAACCCCUGUUUCUAGUGAAAAACCAUCAUCUUCUAGCGAAAUAACAACAGAUGAGGAAUUAAAUGAAGAUUCUGAUCCCCCAGUUUUCAGAAAAAGUCAUAGCGGUUUCCCUAGUGUAGAAAUAACCCCAAAACAGAAACAGGCGAGUCCAAAAAUAGUAGGUUCCGAGGAUCAAAUUCAAACCACUAUUCCUCUGUUCUCCCCAGCGAAAAACACUUAUACAGACGUUUAUGUAGAUGGCGCCUGUAGUUUCAACGGAAGUGGAGAACCAAGAGCUGGAAUAGGUAUUUGGUUUGGUCAUAAUCAUCCCUUAAAUAUUUCUCAGCGAUCCAAGGGUCGACAAACAAACAAUGCAGCUGAAAUAGAAGCAGCAACUGUAGCCGCCUUAAAAGCUCAAGAAGCAGGAAUCCAAAAUCUGAGGAUUAACACCGACUCAAAAUUCUUAAUUCAAAGUGUUACGGAUUGGAUCCCAAAAUGGAAACUAAACCAAUGGAAAACUAAGGAAAAUAAACCUGUUAAAAAUCGCAUUGCCUUUGAAAAAUUAACAAAGGCUUUAGAACCCUUAAACGUUGUCUGGGAACAUAUACCGAGCCAUCAAGGCCUAACUGGUAAUGAAAUGGCCGAUCAAUUAGCAAAAGAAGGUGUCAAUAAAGAACAAAUCAUGGACGAUUUUGAAAUCGAAGAAGAAAAAGAGGAAGAAAUUUGUGAUCUUGAAAAUGUGAUUAUUAAUAUUGCUCCCCAACCGAUUGGAAGCACAGAAGAAGAAUCAGACGUCAAAGUGUGGAAAGUAAAAAGUGGGUUAGAAAAAUCAUUUCAGCAAUUUGACAAGUCAAUGCAAAAUAGAGGAUUCGAUCAAACUAACCUAACAUUAGCAUGGGACCACGAAGGAAUGGAUAAAGAAUUUACUCGUCCAGAAUUAACGCAUGUAUCGGAAGGUGAAAAUGACGAAGAACUCCUUGAUACUCUAGAAGCCCUGGAUCCAUGCCAAAAUAGUGAUGUCGAAGAUGAUGCAUUCACAGAAAGGAUAAGAAAAUUUUUGGACAAUUACAACAAGCGCCAAGUUUCAAAUGUUGAAAUAGAAAAUUCGCCGCGACCUUCGCCUACAUUACCUGCUAAACAAAUUGAAGGAAGACAGAGUACAGUACGUUUCAGGGACGAUCCAGAUGUCAUGCAUUCCCCCGCUAAGGAUUAUUCCCAAUGGCAAGGAUCAAUAUUUCAAACACCUGGAUUUUCCGUCAUUCCUGAUGCUCAAUCUACUCCAUUUGUCUACAUGAAAACAAAUGGUUCAAAAAUGGGAAAAAAAUCUAGUGUUGUGCCACGCCGACUACAGGAAAAAACUAAUGAUAAUGUGUCGGGAACAAAGUGUACACCCAUAGAAAAAUCUUCCAAAGGUGUAGGUAUUCCGUAUUAUGAUUCCCCAUCUUUUUCUGAUACUUGUGACGACAAUGACUUUAAAAUAACGAAAGACGUGUUGACUAAAAAUAACGUAAUUCAAAAAUGGUCAGAACCAUUAACAUAUGAAAGAGACAAUUAUGCUCAUUUCAUGUCAGAAGAUUGUGAACCAGUUGAUGCUAUUUCAAAACUUUUAGUGGCAACCGAGAGAAUCGAUCUUCAAGAACUGCAGGAAAAACGACCAAAAAUAGGUCAGAUACUUAUUACCCCUAGUGGACGAUAUUGUACCUAUUCAAUAAUUGUUAAACAAAGACAUUAUGACGAAAUUGACUGGCGAAAUGUAAUUCUAGGUUUGAAAAAUCUUAAAUUAGCUUUGAGCCGAGAUACUCGAUCUACAUGUCGUAUGGCAAAUACAGGUGAUUUGUUAGGUUCCCUUCCCCAAGGUAAAAUGACAGAAUUAUUAACAAAAAUAUUCCGCGGUGGCGAUAUCAUUAUGAUAUUGUGCCACGGAAAAAUUGAAGUUCCACCCCCAGAAUUGAGGCCAAAAAUUAUUUCGGAAUAUCACGAAAGUCUACUAGCAGGUCACAAGGGGAUAACGAAGACAUAUAGACGAAUUAGAGAACGCUACCUUUGGCCUCGAAUGCGAGAUGAAAUAACAGAAUUUAUACGAGGAUGUCAGAGUUGCCUUCAAAAUAAAUUAGUUAGAGCUCGUACUCGUGAACCAAUGAUAAUAACCGAUACUCCUGCAGGCCCUUUUGACAAAGUAUCCCUAGAUACCGUAGGAAAGUUACCUACUACUCCAAAUGGGAAUCGGUAUAUUCUCACUAUGCAAGAUAAUUUCAGUAAAUAUUGUAUAGCAGUCCCUAUUUCCGAUAUAAAAACAACCACAAUCGCUCAUGCAGUAGCUACUCAUUUAUUCUCUCAGUUUGGAGCGCCUAGAUGUGUUCUUACUGAUCGAGGAGGAAGUUUUAUAAGUUCACUCAUGAGAAAAUUGGAAAGAAUUUUUGGAGUUAAACAAAUAACCACUUCUGGCUACAGACCUCAAACCAAUGGAGCAUUAGAAAGAAGCCAUAUUGAGCUGACAGAUUUUAUUAAACAUUAUGCUGAGGAUUUUGACGAUUGGGAUCGUCUUUUACCUUUUGCGAUGUUUAAUUAUAAUACAUCAGUUCACGAGGCAACUAAUUUCACUCCUUACGAGUUGGUUUUCGGAAAACUAGCAAGAAUUCCAAGUUCAUUUCCCCAAGGACCAGAGCUUGAGACUUAUGGAUCCUAUUUAAAAGAACUUAUAACUAGAAUGAGCGAAAUUCAGGGAAUAGCUGCCAAAAAUCUUGUCCAAGCGAAACUAAAGUCUAAAGAAUAUCAUGAUAGGACUGCCCGCCCUCUAAAAGCGAAAAUUGGCGACAAGGUGUUCGCGUAUAAAGAAAUCCGAGCGAAUAAAUUCGAUAAGAGAGCCGAAGGUCCUUAUACCGUAGUAGGAUUUACUCAAAAUAAUAAUGUAAUCCUAGAAGAUGAAAAUAACGAGAGAUUUUCAAAACAUAAAGAUAAAUUAAUGAUGGCAUAUUGUUAAUUAAAAUCUUUCUCUUUUAUCAGGUUGUGAAGAGAUUGAAGCAAACUGUGUAAGGAGUACAAAAAAAAAAAAAAAAAAAAAAUCAAUAUGUACUUAAGCGUUGAAAAUGCCACCUGCCAAUUUUGAGGAUGAAAUAGUGUUAAAUGGAGAAGAAUAUAUAACGCUGAUGUCCCCAGAUUUAAUUGUAGACGAAAUAGACGUAUUACUAUCUCUAAAAACAAAACACAAUUUUAUUUCUGUAAAUCUUCUAAACGUGGAAUAUGAAAAUAUUAGUCAUUCUAUAGAGAAGAUAGGAAAUGAAUUUCUUUUAGUAGUUGGAAGUGUAGAAUUAGAAGUUAACGGUGAUAAAAUUUUCUUUCUAGUUAUAGACCCUAAUACGGAAUCAUCUUUUCAAUUUAAUUCUGCAAUAAUUGGAACUAAAACUGCUAUAACAUUAGGAUUAGUUUCAAACCUAACUGUAGAAUAUUAUCUUCAAC